AUGAUUCAAUUCUCCGAAGAGACAAAGGAGCGCAUCUCCAAGAUCAUCGACAUUACUCGUGAAGUGGUCCACUAUGGCUAUCUUCCCUUGAUUCUCUACUUGGGUUACACACGAAGUGAACCAAAGCCGGCUUUGAUCAAUUUAAUCUCACCUUUCGCGAACUAG